UUAAUUAAGCCGAUAAAGAAGUUAUCUAUAAUACCAAGUUCAAUAACAUCGUUUAAAUGUAAAGUGUGUUGUAUAAAUUAAAGUGAAAAAGAAACCAAAAUGUAAAAUACCCCAUUACACCACAAAACCAACAAAUUAAUUAACCGUAAUCUUUUUAAAACCGUUCGGUACUAUGUAAAUUACUUUCUAAUCUGUCACUGAACAACACCAAAUUGCUUUAAUAAACAUAACCUCAACACGAACAAUGUCCGCAUCUUGCGAAUUAGAACCGGGGGCUACCUCCGAAAGCGUUUUGGUCGUUUCGGAAUCAUGCGAUAAUCUGGAAAACAUGACCUCGAGCCUUGAAGAAAUCAAAAACAGUAAUAAUUCCGUUGUAAGUAACUCGGAUACAAUCGAUGGUGGUAAUAAUGUUGAUAACUUGGAGAAUAGUUGCGAUAGCAGUAAUAAUUUUGUACAAGACGAUGAUUACGUACGAAACAAAGAUUGGCUCUCAAAAAGGAAACACAUAUUCGUACUAAGUUCAGCUGGAAAACCAAUUUAUUGUAGGCAUGGAAAUGAAGAUAAAUUAGCCACAUUAUUUGGUGUAAUGCAAGCUUUAGUCAGUUUUGUACAAGAUCAAGAUGAUGCUAUACAAAGUGUUCAUGCUGGUGAUACUUUGAUUGUGGUUUUAAUUAAAAAUCAUUUAAUUUUGGUUGCUGUUUCAAAAACUGGUGAAAGUGUACAACAAUUAACAACGCAAUUAAAUUAUGUGUUUAAUCAAAUUACAAGCGUUUUAACAUUAACACGUUUAAAUAAAGUUUACGAACAAAGGCGAAAUUAUGAUUUAAGAAGAUUAUUAUCUGGAGUUGAAAGAUUAAUUGAUCACCUAUUGGAUUAUACAGAAAGAGAACCUUCUUUUAUUUUAGGUGCUGUACAAUGCUUGAGUUUAACAGCAUCUGUAAGAGAUACAAUAAGUUCAACAAUUAUUCAAUCUUGCAAUAAAAUUAAGAAUUUAGUUUUUGCAAUUUUAUUAGCGAAUAAUAAACUAGUAACAUUAGUUCGUAUGAAAAAAUAUGGAAUCCAUCCAGCCGAUUUACAUUUAAUUUUAAAUUUAGUUCAAGCAUCAGAAAGUUUUAAAUCCGCCGAAAGUUGGACACCUUUAUGUUUACCAAAAUUUGAUUCAAGUGGCUUUUUAUACGGUCACGUUUCGUACCUUUCAGAAGAUUGUCAAGCUUGUCUUUUAUUACUAACAGUCGAACGAGACGUUUUCUUUACAUUAAGUGAAGCAAAGCAGAAGAUUGUUGAGAAAUUACGCCGUACAAAUUGUUUAGAAAAAAUUAACGAAUCAAUGAGUAUGAUAAUUGAUCCAAAUGUUCCUGUUGAUUUACCUGAUUUGAGACAUUAUCUGUAUAAAUGUAAAUCGACAGCACAAUUUUAUCAACCGCAUCUAACGCCUCCUUAUAAUCAAAAUGUAACAUAUUUAUUAAGCUUGUAUAAAUCAAUCCAUCAAUUAUUACAUAAUUCUUCAAGGCCACUUAAAUUGGUUUUUCAAAGAACACCAAACGAAGCUAUUUUUGCUUGGGAUACCCGAGGUUUUGAAUUAUAUGUGGUUAUGGAACCUUUAACAGAUGCUGGAACUGCUAUUGAAUUAGUUAGUAAAUUAUUAAAUUGGAUCAAAAAGCAUGAAAAUCGAUUAUUUCAUUUAAGCGCGCCUACGUUUUAAUUAUCUGUCUUAAAUUAGGAGUUAUGUAUCAACUAAUAAAUUUAGAGCAAUAUAAAUAAAUACGCUUUAUUUAUCAGUGCUAACUAAAUAAAAGGUAUAUUUCAAUAUAACAAACUAAAAGAUAUAUAUAAUUGAGAAACGAAAUAGGAAGCUUUUUUUAUUUUACAAAAAGUUAUGGUACUAAAACGUCAAGAAUAUUCCAUUGAACUGCUGUGAUAACUUGUAUAUUGUUUGUAAAUAAUAAUAUGAAGAAUUAAUUGUGAACAAUAUUGCGUUGUUUUUAUUUCUCGUUUGCUGAGUUGUAUGAUCUAUAAAAAGAAGUAUUUCAUUAAAUAAAAAUUAUAGUAUGAA